CCUCCCUGCUUUUGCCUGGCUCUCCUCUUCCUCUCUCUGGCUCAGAGAGGAGGAGCCUGGCCCAGACUGGCCUGCCUUGCUGCCAGCCAUUCCAGGGAGCCACCGGGGCCCUCCUCCUCCUCCUCCUGGGCUCCCCAGCCCCUGCCUUUGUUGCUGCUGCCAAGCCCCUGCGCACCGGUGGAACCCAGGGCGGCGUCGUUCGUUCCAAAGAGGCUUCCAUGGCUACUGUCGUUCCCCGGACGGUCUCUCACGGUACGGAUGUGUUCGCCACUCGCCACGGUUCCUUUGUUGUUCGCUCAGACCUUGGAUGCUUCCUUCAAGCCCUUGACUUCUCCUCCGGACAGGACCUCAAGGUGUGGGAUCUCCAUCCAGCCUGCCGUGGCAGGGACCACUAUGUGGGAGACCCCACCAGUUCCGCCAUCUACCUCCUCAAUGGGGACUCCUUUUGCAAAGUGAUGGACUUGAACUCAGAGCCUCCCUCUAGUGCCCUGCCUUUGCACCCCAGCUGCCAGGGAGGCGACCAUUACGCCUCAUGCGAAGGCCGUUUCUUCAUCUUUUUCCUCCGGCGUGGCAUUGUCCUCUCGGUGGCUGACUUGGCCACCGCAGCCAUGGCUAAGGAAGUCUCCUUGGAGUGCCCCUUUGUGGAUGGACUAUAUUAUUAUGGUGCCACCACCACCCAGCUUGCUUGCUUCAGAAUGGAAGAGAACUAUCUUCGUGGGCACCUCUUGGCUACCACGACAGGACACAAGGAACCCUUCUCCAUCCACCCAGACGUGGUUUCUUUCCUCCCUGGAGGCCUAGCUCUCACCCACGGGCCGGCUUUCGGCACAUGGGAGUGUAUCAAACUGAUCUCCAAUGCCACAGACCUACCGAUGCCCAGCAGCCAUGACAUCACCCGCAGGGUAGGCUAUGCCAAGUCAGCAUUUGGCAAAAAGUACCACGCUUGCGGAUCUGUCGAUUCAGAGUCCUUGGCCAUCUCCCUUCUCCAAUCCCAAUUCUCCCUCCCUGCCAUUUACGGCGGGAUGGGAGUACAGACCGAACAAGAGGAAUGGGAGGCAGUGGCAGAAGAAGGAGAGCCUCUGCGAGUGAUUUUGCAACCCAGGCAGAAGCUCUACUGGUGGCAUUACCAGCUAGGCUUAGGCAAAGAUGCCAUCUUCUUUUGCCGGGCACUGAAGGUCACCCGCAGUCCCUCCCCACCUACCCAUAUACCCCUGCCAUUGGUCAAUGCCUGACAUGAGGACUGAGUGGGGAAAAAGUAAUCUGUUUGUAUCCUGGAAUAAGUUAAAAUAAAAAGAUUCAAACUUCCCUUAA